CCCACACCCACUGCCACAAUCUUUCUCUCCCUCUCUAACCUUUUUGUUUCUCUCUCUACACACGCCACCGUAAACUAAACAACGACCACCGUCUGCCACCAUGCCGGAAGCACCAAAGAAUGAACCCACCACCGACUACAGCCUAACUGAAAAAAACAAGAAAUCUCUUCAGUUCAUAGAAGAUGUCACCUCUAACCCCGACGAUAUCCAGCAACAUGUCCUCUCCGAUAUCCUCACCCAAAAUGCCACCGUCGAAUACCUCCACCGCCAUGGACUUUCCUGCCAAACCGACCGGAAAACGUUUAAAAAACUCAUACCAGUCAUCACCUACGAAGACCUUGAACCUGAUAUCACACGUAUCGCUAAUGGAGACAAAUCCCCCAUCCUCUCUUCUCACCCCAUUUCCGAAUUCUUAACAAGUUCAGGGACAUCUGGAGGUGAGAGGAAGCUAAUGCCCACCAUUGAAGCUGAGCUUGGAAGAAGGUCGUUGUUAUACAGUCUUUUAAUGCCGGUGAUGAACCAGUUUGUGCCCGGUUUAGACAAAGGAAAAGGAAUGUAUUUUUUGUUUGUUAAAUCGGAAGCUAAAACCCCAGGCGGGUUAGUAGCCCGACCCGUUUUAACAAGUUACUACAAAAGCAACCAUUUUAAAGAACGCCCAUUCGACCCGUAUACAAACUACACAAGCCCUAAUGAAACCAUUUUAUGCCAAGAUUCAUAUCAAAGCAUGUACUCUCAACUGCUUUGCGGGUUGGGUUUAAACCAAGAAGUUUUACGGGUCGGAGCGGUUUUCGCUUCCGGGUUCAUUCGUGCGAUCCGUUUCUUGCAGAAACAUUGGACGCUUUUAUGUAACGAUAUACGAACCGGGUCAGUGAAUGCAUUGAUCACUGAUCCGGUUGUAAGAGAAGUUGUACUUCGGGUUUUGAAGCAAGAUCCGAAUCCGGAUCUUGCUGACUUUAUUGAACAUGAAUGUUCGAAAAAGUCAUGGCAGGGUAUCAUUACCCGUCUAUGGCCAAACACUAAAUACGUGGAUGUUAUUGUAACCGGAACCAUGUCACAAUACAUUCCAACACUCGAUUACUACAGUAAUGGCCUCCCUCUUGUUUGUACGAUGUAUGCAUCAUCGGAAUGUUACUUCGGUGUCAAUCUUAACCCUCUUUGUAAACCUAGCGAGGUUUCCUACACUCUCAUCCCCACCAUGGCUUACUUCGAGUUCUUACCGGUUGGUGUCAAUGAUCAAGAACAUAAACAAGAAGAAGAACAACAACAAGAACUCGUGGAUCUUUCAGACGUGAAACUAGGUCAAGAUUACGAACUCGUGGUCACAACAUACGCCGGGCUUUACAGGUAUAGAGUAGGCGAUGUGCUACGAGUUGCAGGUUUCAAGAACAAAGCACCACAAUUCAGUUUCAUAUGUCGGAAGAAUGUGGCGUUAAGUAUCGAUGCAGACAAAACAGACGAAGUCGAACUACACCAAGCAGUUGAAAAAGCAUCGAAUCAUUUAACUCCAUUCGACGCAACCCUGAUCGAGUACACAAGCUUCGCCGACACCACCACCAUCCCCGGCCACUACGUGAUCUUUUGGGAGAUAAGUUUAAACGGGUCAACCACCGUUGUUCCGCCGUCGGCGUUUGAAGACUGUUGUAUCACCAUUGAAGAGUCGUUGAACAGCGUUUACAGGCAAGGACGAGCUUCGGAUAAGUCAAUCGGACCACUGGAGAUUAGGAUUGUUGAGAAUGGGACGUUUGAUAAGCUCAUGGAUUACGCUAUCAGUUUAGGUGCGUCGAUUAACCAGUAUAAAACUCCCCGGUGUGUGAAAUUUGCGCCGAUUGUUGAGCUGUUGACGACGAGGGUGGUGGCGAGUUACUUCAGUCCGAAGUGUCCGAAAUGGGUUCCGGGACAUAAGCAAUGGAACAGCGUAAGUUAAGAGUGUAGGUAGGAAUUGGAGAUGAUAAUGAUGAUGGAGAAGAAAGAAGAUGAUGAAGUAUUAAUUAUGUGUAUAAAAAAGAUGAUCGAUCGUGAUUUUGAAGUUGAAGAAGUUGUUUAAUUUGUGGAAUUUAAUGUAAUUGUUUUUUUUAAGG